AUGGGAACAACCAAUCACUUGACAGGGGUCGGUGCAGAGUGCUGGACCCAAUGGUUUGAGAUUGAUAAUCCCUCAAGAAAUGGAGACAGGAAAAAUCUUGCCAAACUUCUCCGGAGGUAUCCUGGAAAGAUCUGCCCGGACCCAUUCGAUAUUGAAGCUAGAACACUGUCUGGUCUAACUCCACAAGAAGCAGGAGACAUAAUUAAAAUUGACACAAACAUAAGAUUCAUCUGCAGAAAGAGAGACCAACCUGACAGAGAGUGUGAGGAUUAUAAGGUUCGCUUCAGCUGCCGUCUUCCUUACUGUGGUGACAUAGUGUGUUGGACCAAGUGGUAUGAUAGAGAUGACCCCUCUGUAACCAGUGACUGGGAGAGUCUGGAGUAUCUGCAAAGCGAAAACCCAGGAGAAAUUUGCAAGGAGCCUUUGUAUAUCGAGACUGUUACCACCGACACCUUGAGCCCGGCUAUCUACACAGGGGAGAAAUUCUUUGUCUGCAGUCCAAAAACAGGUUUUGUUUGCCGUCGAAAGGACAAAAUGUCUAGCACCUGCAGUGACUACAAAGUUCGGUUUGGAUGUCCUUGUGGAAACUGAGCCACGUCUCUACCAACAUGAGAAAGGAAAAGGG